AUGGACGGCUCAGGCGCAGGUCGCCGACCUUUGAGCCGCUCUUUGUACGACAGAUUGUUCAACAUCCCACCCACUCCAAACACCUCGGAUUCGCAACAUAUCCUAAGCCCGAUUAUCCCACCGUACCACCGAAGCUACACCGUGGAUAGUCUGACAAGCCCCCAAGAGAGAUUCGUCGAGUUUACCAAGACCGAGUCGAAUGAUGUGCCUCCUAUGUCGGUGCCGAUUUCAAACGCCUUGCUCGAGUCGCCCAAGCAGGCGAUCAAGAAGGGCUUCUGGGCAAACUCCUCGAAGCUUCUUCCACAUCUCGCGGCCUCCGUCAUUACACUUGUGGUAGUGGAGAUCAACUUUCGAAGUCUUUACUGGAUGGACUUGGUGGCCCCUAACGUUCACAUCCUGCCUGGCAUCAGCCAAGGAGGUGCGCUAAAUGCUCUGCAACUAGCUGCUAAGCUACACGAACUGAUCUUGGUCGCAUCACUCGGCACGAUCGUGAUGCAUGUUGCACAGGCACAUAUGGUUGGCAAUCAUGGUUUACCUCUGGGUCUUCUGACCAACAGUUUCGCGGUCGGAUCAGGAGACUUUUUGAGGACCAAAGCGUUCUGGGCGUCGGCGUGGACAUCGAAAGCUCAUUAUCUGCGCUUCUGGCUAUUGUCCCUCCUCGCGACAUUGUUGGCGACGUUGGCCGGCCCGUCGUCCGCCAUUGCCGUUAUCCCUUCCCUGAAUUGGUUCCCACUCGAUAAGCCUUUCGACUCCGAUGUGCUUCCAUACUAUAUCUUCAAUCAAAGCACAGUGCUUUGGCCUGAUAACGUUACCGGAGCAAGUGAAAACAGCGCGGAGGCCGGAAUCAAUUGUACCGCCGCAACUGUCGCCACACAGGUCGAGGAAGUAUGUCCGGCGGGUGGAUUCAGUAACGUCUAUACGUGGGCUGGCAAUUUACUGUUUGCGAACUCAGUUCUGUCAACCCAAAGCUGCAAUAGUCCAUACGACGGAAGAGCUUCAGGGAUGUCCCUCAACACCUUUAUCACUGGGGCUCUUACUGCCUACUGGACAUUUGCUCAGAACAAUUUUGAGGGUCUCGGUCUGUUUGCUGCUCAACCAAAGCUCACUCUGAACACACCAAUCUAUGCGCCCAAGGUCGAAGUGCUAUGCGACGGCUUUGAUUAUAUGAAUGAGACCGCCGUGCAGGAUCGGUCACCCAUCAGUUUUCCGAGCUUUACAAACAAAUCGCUCCCAAGCGAAGGCUUUGUGUUACCCUAUUCCGGCCUUUUUAAUGACACAGACUUUCAAUGGGUCGAGAUGCCUGCUGGUCCUGACAAUCCGACUUUGGGCGCCGUUGUCAGGGUCCCUUGGAUAUAUCUGGAUAGCGGCAAUACGUCGUCAUAUGUAUCGGAACAAGCGACGGAGAUACAUGCAUGCAGUAUAUACGCCCAAUGGAUACCUGUCGACGUUUUCUAUGAGCCCAGAAACAAUGAUCAGGUAUCUUUCAAUGUCAAAGGCCCACUCACGGACACUUGCCUGACAGCUGUACCACAAGAUGCUGCGACCCAUCAGCCGAUUCGCAACAUGACUAUACAUCUCGAUUACGCCUCUGCCAUGAACCAACUCAUGCCGUUCCAAACAGACAAUAUUCCUGCAAUUCCUGCCAUGCUCGAUCAAACUACGUUCGAGCAAGACGACGUUGGCCCCAACGACGGCAUUGGCUAUAAGUUCAAAGCUCCUUUCUUGGGGAGUGUGAAUGGGGAAGAAAAUGCGAAUACAACGUUCGACGAAAUCCGCAAGACUCGAGCCACCAUGAUAUCGACUUUGUUGGCUGGCGUCGUAACGGAUGGUCUCGCUCGCAUUGGUGGUAACGGCAUUUUCCCGUAUUCAGCCGCGAUGUUCUUGACGAACAAAACCGAUUCUUCGGGAGGCCUAGUCGGGAGGUUCGUCGUUACGUCUGCAGAGGGUGGAGAGGAUGAAUCGCUGAAUGCAACCUCUGCCGACGUGGGCAAUUGGUUGCGCAUUGAUCCAGUGAUUUCACGCUAUGGCUAUGGAUAUCGAUGGCAGGGUUCGACUACGGCCAAAUUUGGCAUUGUGGUGCUCCUCAUCCACCUCGCUCUUGCUGUGGUGCAUACAAUCUUCAUUCUGUACAAAGUCAUCGUCAUGAGAGAAGGUCUGGUGAGUUCUUGGACGACAAUCGCCGAGCUUCUUACUUUGGCGAUGAAUUCGAGCCCGUCAUCAAGGUUGCAGAACACUUGCGCGGGCGUGGAGAAGGCAAAGACGUGGAGGCAAGUCGUCGCCGUAAGAGAAACAUACCCUGGGCAUCUAGAAAUGGUCGUUGGGCCGAGCGACAAACAACGUCACCCAUUGCCUCAGGCGGGCCGUGAGUACGGGCACCUGGUGGAGUGA